AUGGCUGACCCCACUGGUCUCAUCGCCAAAUCUGGCAUUGAACUCCUAACUUUUGGCACCCCCAACGGCGUCAAGGCGUCCAUCCUGCUCGAAGAGCUCAAGGAGGCGUACGGCAAGGAGUACACGGUACAGAGCAUCCACAUCGGCAAGAACAUCCAGAAGCAGCCAUGGUACACGGACCUCAACCCCAACGGGCGCAUCCCAACAAUUGUUGACCACGACCGCGGCGGUUUUGCCGUCUUCGAGGGCCUCCCCAUCCUCACCUACCUCACCCGCCACUACGACCCGGAGCACAAGUUCAGUUUCCCCGUCGACUCGGAUGACUACUCGGUUGCUGAACAGUGGAUUGCGUGGCAACACGGCGGGCUAGGGCCGAUGCAAGGCCAAGCCGGUCACUUCCUCCGCGCGGCCCCCGAAAAGAUCCCCUGGGCCAUCCAGCGGUACGUCGGCGAAGCCGAGCGGCUCUACGGCAUCCUCAACACCCGCCUCGCCGACCGGGACUACAUCGUGGGUCCCGGCCGCGGCCAAUACAGCAUUGCCGACAUCAGCAUUGUCGGGUGGACCAACUACACCCUCAACGUGGGCAUCGACUUGCCGGGUCAGUUCCCGCACGUCGAUGCGUGGCUGAAGAGGCUGUUGGCGCGGCCCGCUGUGCAGAGGGGGUUUGUGGUGCCAAGCGGGGAGCCAUCGAAGGCGACGAAUCCGUUUUUGGAACGCGCGCUGGCUGGGGAGGCUGGGUUGGAGGAGCAGAAGAAGGGGGUGGAGGAGACGAGGAAGAUCGUGGCGGAUGCCAAGGAGAAGUAUGGGUACAAUACUAUGAAGCGGAAACACGAUGCGGACGGCGAGCCCGCCACGGCCCAACCGAACCCAGAACCGGAAUCUAAACCCGUCGAGACGAAAACGAAGCCCGCCGAAGCCGAGCCCUCGUUCGCCGAGCUAGGCCUCGAUCCGCGCCUUGUGCAGGCCAUUGCGAAACAAAACUUCGAGAAACCGACACUUGUCCAGCGCAAGGCUAUUCCUCUUGCUCUACAAGGGAAAGAUGUGCUAUGCAAGGCCAAGACCGGGUCCGGCAAGACGGCCGCCUACGUGCUCCCGCUGCUGUCUGUCAUCCUGAAGCGCAAGACGACCGACCCAACGCCAUUCACCGCCGGCCUCAUUCUCGUCCCCACCCGCGAACUCGCCGACCAAGUGUUCAAAGCGAUCGAGCAGUUCUCCGCCUUCUGCGCCAAAGACAUCCACGCCGCGAAGCUGACCGAGAACGUCUCCGACGCCGUGCAGCGGUCACUCCUUGCCAGCGCCCCAGACGUGGUCGUCGCGACGCCGGCGCGCGCCUGGCACAGUGUACAGUCCUCUGGCGCGCUCUCGCUCGAGAAGCUACAGUGUCUCGUGCUGGACGAGGCCGACCUGGUCCUGUCGUACGGGUAUGACGAGGACAUGGAGAAUAUCGCGCGGGCGCUGCCCAAGGGGGCGCAGACGGUCAUGAUGAGCGCGACGUUGUCGGCGGAACUGGAGGCGCUACGCAAGAUCUUUGGGGCGCGCGGCGGGCCAGAGGCGGUGGUGCUGGAUUUGAAGGAGGAAUUCGGGGCGGAGGAUGAGAAGUUGACGCAGUUUUAUGCCAAGUGUGCGGAGGACGACAAGUGGCUGAUUGCGUAUCUCAUCUUUAAACUGCAGCUGAUCAAGGGACCGUGUUUGAUCUUUGUGGCGGAUAUUGAUCGAUCGUAUCGGUUAAAGCUUUUCUUUGAGCAAUUCAGCAUCAGGAGUUGUGUGUUGAACUCGGAGCUCCCCAUCAACACUCGAAUCAAGAUCAUUGAGGAGUUCAACCGGGGAAUCUACGACAUUAUCAUCGCAUCGGACGAAAAGAGCGAGCUGUUCGGAGACGAGGCUGUGGAUGGCGAGGUCAAUAAGCCAAAAAAGCAGGCGCCAAAGGAGGACGAAGCGGUUCCAGAACACCCGAAAAAGAAAAAGAGGAGACAAAAGAAGGACGAGGAAUAUGGCGUUUCUCGAGGCAUCGAUUUCAAGAACGUCGCGGCGGUGGUCAACUUCGACAUGCCGACAUCUGCUUCGUCAUACACCCACAGGAUAGGCCGGACGGCGCGAGCAGGUCGCGCCGGUAUUGCGCUCUCAUUUGUUAUCCCCAAGGAACUGUACGGCAAGCACCGGCCAACCUCCGUCAAAAGCACAGAGAAGGAUGAAAAGGUAUUGGCGAAGAUUACGAGGCAGCAGGAGAAGCUGAACCGGAAACUCCAGCCAUACAACUUCAACAAGUCGCAGAUGGAGGCGUUUAGAUACCGGAUGAAUGAUGCGCUGCGUGCGGUAACGAGGGUAGCAAUCCGGGAGGCCAGGACAAAGGAACUCAGACAGGAGCUGUUGAGGAGCGAGACGUUGAAACGAUACUUCGAAGAAAACCCGACGGAACUCUCCCAUCUGAGAAACGACGGUGAACUUGGCCGGGUCACUCGCCAACAACCGCAUCUGAAGCACGUGCCCGACUACCUACUCCCCAAAGACGGCAAGAAGGCACUUGAGUCGGAGCGUAUCGGGUUUGUGCCGUUCAAGAAGGAAGGCGGCAAGGACAGGAGACACAGGAAAGGGGGGAAGGGCAAGGGCCGGUCGUUCAAGGUCGGUGGGAGAAAGGACCCCCUCAAGACGUUCAAGGUGCGUCGGAAGGCCAAGUAA